AUGUCUCUUGCACACGCUGACGUGUCUUUUCAGCACCCUUCAUCGGAUCAUCCCGCUGGAGUCGCGCCGUUUGAGGUCGAUUAUGAUAAUAAACGUGCUUAUCUUUACUGUCACUGGCGACUGAACAUAAAUGAGCCACCGACGAACGCACCGGCCGCGGCCACCGAGACACAAGUUUUGCCCUGCUUGACGCUAGACCUCCUUUUCACGCCUAUUUCAUUCUGGUCGCGGGAUACACCUGUGGUACCACAGUCGGAUACAUGUAAUUGGAACAGCGUCAAACGAUUAGCAGCCGGCGACGCCCCGUCUUCAGAUGACAAAGGGCUAACGUGGGGCGAAGCCAGCCAGAGCGAGGCUUUUCGCUCCGUUCAAGACGUGAUAAAAAAGAGCUUAAAUGGCUGCAGUGCCUCGAUCACGGCGGUGAAGCUUCUUUUGCCGGCUGUUACUGGUUAUAUCGUGCGCAGUGAUAUAAUCGAGCGACGAUUCCUCACCUGUCAGCUAGCCGAGAAGGUCACCGGCUUUACCACCUCGAGACAGCAUAUCCAGGCUUUCGAGUACAACGAUGACUUUACUGUCCAGCACGCCUUGAGCGCGGCCGUUGGUGCCAUAUACCUUAAAACUCUGCCUGGCGUUGAUAGAGGAAUUGUUGAGCGUGUCAUGGCUUCGUUGGAAGCAGAUGUCAAAGCUCGACUCUCUUUCCCCUGGAUCGUUGACAAGCCCCUGCCCAGAAAGCGACUGGCGCUGGUUGACGGAAAGCCUUACCCAGAUGUGUCUACGGCGCCGCUAGGCAUCUAUCGUGCUGCCAAGGCACUUGGUAUCGACCUUGUGGUUAUAGAUCGCGAGGGGCACUGGACAAAAGAUGCGGCCGCUGACGAGUGGCGUGACGAGUUCAUUGCGUGUGAUCUGACACUGGACCCCGGCCUACCAAAUCGGAUCGCCGCUGCCUUGUCCAGGAGCAAGGGACCAAUACAUCACAUCACAACUUACUCCGAUAUGCUCCUGCCCGCUACUGCAAAGGCGGCUGAGAAGGUGGGACUCUUUACGAACCCGGCCGCGGCAAUGGAUAUAUGCCACGAUAAGAGACGAACACGCGAGUUUGCGCCUCCAGCCGGCUUCCAGAUCCUCCCCGUAACAGGCGUCGAGGACAUGAAGAGGCAGCUGGCGUCCCUGGCGUCCCCACUUAGGUAUCCCCUCAUUGUCAAGCCGAUCACUGGAUACUCCUCGGAAGGUGUCACCAAAGUCCUGUCAGAGCCGGAGCUCUUUGAUGCUGUACGCCGAAACGAAGAAACAUUCCCUGAUAUUGGUAGUCUCAUAGAGCCGUACAUAUCGGGACCGGAGGUGGAUGCAAACUUUGUCCUUAUGGAUGGAGAGCUCGUUUGGGGCGAGAUAAACGACGACUUUCCAUCCUCUGCCGAGAUAUUCCAAAACGACAUGGGAAGUCGUGGAAAAGUCGCAUCGCCGUCGACGCUUCCAUCUCAGAUCUCGGCGCCGGUACCAGCGUUGUCUCAGUCGUUCGCUGAGCUGUCAACGAUAAUGCCGUCGAUAUUGCCUGAGCAAGAGAUUGCGCUGCUGAAAUCGCAUCUGACCGAAACACUCCUAAGACUUGGUUUCAGGAACGGUGUGUUUCAUUUAGAGGCUAGAGUGCAGGACAGCAAGAUGAAGUAUGUCAUGACUGCAAGUGGGGUGGAAUUGCUGCGGUCUCGGUCCGACAUGGUCAGGACCUCCGAGCCAAAGGUGUUCCUUAUCGAAAUCAAUCCAAGAGUUCCAGGCCACCAGGAGACGUUCGCAGUUGAGUACACUUACGGGAUUGACUACUUUGCCAAUCAUAUGCUCGCGGCGCUGUCACCAUCGCCUUCCGCACCACAAAAUGACGACGAUCACCUGGUCUUAAAGACUGUCAUCCGCUCGCUGAGCCAUCCGCUGCCGGACUGCGCACAGUAUCCCAUACACGUGGUCUUCAUCCCGCUUGACCGGGGCGGCACCUUUGUGGGCGCAAAGCUGCCCACAGAGGACCUAAUGCAAUAUGUCCCCGAGCACUUGGUCUUCAUGAAGCGUGGCGAGGUAUUUCAGGAUCCGGCAAAGGACGGGAAGUGGCCAUUCGUGGCCUACUUUCAGGUGGUCGCGAAACUGACCGGGGCUGAAGGGCGGGCUCAGGCUAGAACGAUCGGUGAGUUAGUGAGGGAGUCUUUCGAGUACAUGAUGGAGUGA